AUGGCCUUGUCGUCUACAUCAGCAGCACCUUUGGAAAAGCGACUUAUGAUGGCGCUGUCCGUUGAGGCGUCGCCCACCAUCCCGUCACUCGACCUGGGACAGCUGCUGCCGACACCCACGCUUCCUCCCAUCGUAGGCGAAAUCCAAAGCAUCAUCACUUCGGUCAUCGACGGCGUGACGAGCCUGAUCCCCACCACGAUCCCGUCACCAACCCUGCCCGCCGAGGUGUCCAAUCUGAUUCCAGACGCCACCAUGUCUGUCGACAUCUCGGUGCCCACACCUACCGCGCCUCCCGAGGUGGAAGCAAUUGCACAAUUGGCACAGGGAGCGCUCAAUGCCGUUCCAACCAUGCUCCUCAAGAACCUGGCUGAGAUCCAGAGCCAGCUGAGCUCGGCGCUCUUAGUUGCGGCUACGCAGACACCUACGCCUGUGACAUACAUCACAACUGAAGGAGGCAAGGAGUGCACAAAGACCUACACGCCCACAGUACCGACGUUUGCGACAACGGGAGUGAUCAACCCUCUCUCGAUCCUCGCCGCUGCCAUCCCGCAACCGAGCGAUGUGCUGCAAGACGUAACCUCGGUGAUCGGCGGUGUCACUUCGGUACUCAAGGUGCCCGCUCUGGCGGUGCCGACCAAUCUGGUGCCUCUGCUUAACUCAGCACAGAUGCCUCAGAUCGACGUACCCGGUCUUCUAGGAGACAAGGAGCAUCUCUGCAUCAAGGACGGGAAUGGCAACCAGAUCGGUCUUUGCGCUGAUGGGCCUCUGAUCAACGAUAGCGAGACAAUUGCGUUGUGA